GGUGGACCUCUUCGAGAUCCGCACUGCAGCAGAUGUGUGAGCGCCGCCAACCUGGCCACUCGGAUACCAUCUGCCAAAAAAGGUCCAAUCGCUGCUCGAUCAGUCUUUGAAACAGUCUGUGCUCUGUCGACCACAAGGUAGCAUUCGCAGACCGCCUCGAAGACCAUCAUUUCAUCGACAUCGCAACAAUGCUGUGAAGCAGACGAGCGCAUGAGGAAACGUUGAGGAAAGAAUCCGAUUGUUUACGACACAGCGUCUCUCGAUCUCGGUGGACAAUCGGAGAGAACGGCACACGUCGAGGAAGGCAUUUGCCGUGAGCUGUCCACCCUGACGCUCUGCUACCUAUUCCGAGUUGCCGGAGUAUCUAUGCUGUACAAGGACCUGGCCUGCAAGGUGACAGUCCCGGGCUUCGUCGUUGCAGAAAAUCAUACCUUGCGAGUUUUAGAAACCGUGUGAAGAAAAGUCUCCCGUUCAAAGACGAGUCCGAACCCCUUGCAUAGCCUGCAACAAUCCGGAGCUCAACUGCUGGAGAUUAGAGCGUUGCCCAGGCCACCUUCUUCGUGCCACCCUAGCAUUGCUAUACCUUUCGUCGUUCCACGAGCACUCGAGAGACAGCGUAAAGCUGCCGUUGUACUGUGGUCAGUCUCCCGAUAGCCUGCCCCAGACAGUUGUGCCCAUGCCAGACGCCUCAAACUCUAAAAGCCACAUCCUUUCCCCAUCUACUCCUGAGUACACUCUUUCUCAUCGAUCAAGGUCAUCUGUACAAUAUUUACUUGGGUCAUACGGAGGUACUUGUCUUUUUACGCCAUGUCAAACCACACCACUCCAACUCGCACAGGUCGCGGCAUCGUCGUGCCUGGCAUCGACACAAGUAGCAUCCACGAUCAGAAGCCGGACUCGACACACAACUCUUUCAAUGGAUGGCCUCUCACACCACCAUCAGCAGCUGCGCAAGAUUCAAGGCGGCCUUCGAAUGCUUGCUCGCUCCAGUCUGAGCAUUCUGGGCCGUCUUCAAUCUCGAGCUUCUCACAACCGCCAACACCUGUACAUUCCAUGGUGAACUCUACCGAGGACUUUGGGCAUUGGUCCGACUCUGCUGAUAUGGCCGCCGCCAUACCUGGCCACCUGCCGUCGACUUGUGCGCUUCCCAUGUACAGCACGGCGUUUGCGACGCAUGGGCUACCAAACAGUGCAUCGAAGAUGUCUAUGCAGAUGUCAACAACGUCGCCAAUACGCAACGAUGCCUGGCAACCGGAACCAUUCGGCGCGACCGUGCAGCACGGCUUCACACAGGGUCUUGAUCAGCACGUGGCUUCACAGUCCAUGUACGGUAACCCGUCGACUUCGAUUGUAGGAUCUUUAGAUCACUCUCCCUUUUCAGAGUACAAUCCCAGUACGUAUACUGGUGGAUCCUUCUCCCAGCUUCCACCAACCGUCGUUCCGUCGGAACUGGGUCCCCAGGACUUUCCAAUGGAGCAUUAUGACUACAGCCAAAAUGAUGACAUGGUUCAUGGCUUCGGCGAAAGUUUCACUUCGAACGGCUCCCACCAUAGUGACUACCAAUAUGUUGGACCAGAGAGUCCAGACGACGCCUAUAUGGUUACCACGGACGACAACUAUGUGUUUGUGAAGGAAGAGCUCACAAAGACUCCUUCCAGGUCAUCGGAAUCAACAUACCGUGGUUCCAGGGCAUCCGAAUCAACAUACCGUGGCCAUCAACAGAGUCCGGUUCAAAGGCGCCACUCCAAGAAGGUGCGAAAGUCUAUUGCUUCUGGCAGAGAGUUUGGUAAGUAUAGCACACCGCACUUCGAUGUCCGCUUGGAAGGAAAGCCGUUUUCCCUCAGAUUUGACGCCGUGACUGGUCGAGCUGUCACUCUUCCUCAAGGCCCCAGUAAUGGGAAGCCCCACAAGUGCCGUGUGACGGACGAGGACGGUCAGCCUGUUAAGGACAAGGACGGCAACGCAUGCUCUGCCAGGUUCGAUCGCGCAGAGCACCUCAAGCGCCAUGAGCUUUCGCACACAGCUGCGCGGCCUUUUCCAUGUGUUCUUGCACCUUGCAAGGCGCGUAUGGGACGUUCCGACAACGCCGCAGACCAUUACCGAACACAUUUGAGGCCUCAUUCCAAAAGCCGAAACCCAUACGUCACCUUUGAAAAGUUGGAGCGUGCGAUGCGUGCUCACCCAGCGUAUAGCGGCGAAAACCAUUUGAAGGCUACCAAAUUGCUCAAUAACCUGCGGAGGAAAAUGGAUCAUGUCGAAGGCGCACUUUGCGCGGAUAUGGAAGAGAAAACUCGUGGUCUGUUCCGAGACUGACAGAUUUACUGUCCCCCCGAGAGCAGCGAGUGCGAUGUAUUAACGUAACGGCUGGUUCAAUAUGUACUAUCAUGGUAAACGGUAAUGAAUGGGAAGAGAGAAAAAUGGGACGCGCAACAGAAC